UUCGUUCUAAGACCAACAACAGUGAUAUUAAAAAUGGCAUCUUGGCAAUUCAUUCUAGUUGGCGUUUUAGCCGCCGUAACUAUAUCUUCAGCAAGAGAUUGUACAUAUAACGAUCAAACUUUCGCUGACGGAUCUAAAUUUAAAUUACCAUCAAGUGGUAAUUGUAUUGAGUUUACUUGUACAAAUGGUGGAUUUAGAGCCACCACAAAAGAAUGUGAACAGGGUAGUUCAUGCUUUCCACUUGGUCACGAAAUUGUAAAUGAUUGUCGUAAAACGGUUUGCCAAGAAGGUGAUGAUAAUUCAAUAGCGUUUAUCAACACAGAAAUAAUGGGAAUUCAUUUAUUACAGCGAACUGUAAAACGUAUGUGCCAGAAAGUUGGAUUCCAAGUAAAUUUUACCAAUCAUUCCUUAAGAGCAACAGCUGCUACAAGACUAUAUGUUGCUGGCGUAGAUGAACAAUUAAUAGUUGAAAAAACAGGACACCGUUCAAGUGUUGUGCGCACUUAUAAGAGAACAAGUGAUAUCCAACAGGUUGACUUAAGCGGUAUCCUUCGUGGUGAGAAAAAGGCAAAAUUGGCUGUCAUAGACCAAGAUAGUCAAGAUAUAAGAAAUCAUCAAACAGAAAACAACCCUCAAGGACUUCAACGCGAAAUAAACAUUCAAUCGUCGGACAUUUCUACGGAGCCCCUAAGGCGCAAUUGUAAACAUAUUUAUUUAUUAUUUCGUUGA